UCCAGUGACUAAACCAGAGGACGAGUCAGAUUCAAAGGAGCGCGUCUCCUCUGGUCCCGAGGCGACGUGACUCAUCCCGAAACGGCGCCCUGACCCCAGAGGGAUCCCCAAGGUCUGGCUUUGGAGCCCCCGAAGUGUGGAGAGCAGAGGGAGUCGGUGGACCAGAGGCACGUGUUGCUCUUUGCCCGCCGACGGCCAACUGGUUUUUGCCAGGGUUCUGUGUUCCGGAUUUCUGACCCUACCGGCUUUUGGCCCUGUUGGCCCGUGACCAGCGUUUGAGUUUGGAUCUGCCCGUCUGCACCAAAGUGCCCGGGUGGCACGGAGGACGGGCACGGUCCCCCCGUCCGCUGUGCCCACCUGCGACCGUCCCUGCUGUCCCGGCCCCGUUCGAGCUCCGGGGCUCCCCUGGUCCGGGUGGGACCGAGCGUUUUGUUCCGCCAUGUCGGAGGGGGAGGCCCAGACGGCCCCCAGCAGCGGCUCGGACCCGAAGGCGGAGUCCUCCUCUUCGGCCCCCGGCCUGACGUCGGUGUCGCCCCCGGUGACCUCCACGGCCUCGGCCGCUUCGCCGGAGGAAGAGGAGGAGAGCGAGGAUGAGUCCGAAAUCCUGGAGGAGUCGCCCUGCGGGCGCUGGCAGAAGAGGCGAGAGGAGGUGAACCAGCGGAACGUGCCGGGCAUCGACAGCGCGUACCUGGCCAUGGACACGGAGGAGGGCGUGGAGGUCGUCUGGAACGAGGUGCAGUUCUCUGAGCGCAAGAACUACAAGCUCCAGGAGGAGAAAGUCCGGGCCGUGUUUGACAAUCUGAUCCAGUUGGAGCACCUCAACAUCGUCAAAUUCCACAAGUACUGGGCCGACGUGAAGGAGAACAAGGCCCGGGUGAUUUUCAUCACCGAAUACAUGUCAUCUGGGAGUCUCAAGCAAUUUCUGAAGAAGACCAAAAAGAACCACAAGACCAUGAAUGAGAAGGCCUGGAAACGCUGGUGCACCCAGAUCCUGUCGGCCCUCAGCUACCUGCACUCCUGCGAUCCCCCCAUCAUCCACGGGAACCUGACCUGCGACACCAUCUUCAUCCAGCACAACGGGCUCAUCAAGAUCGGCUCCGUCUUUCAUAGGAUUUUUGCUAAUGUGGCCCCCGACACCAUCAACAAUCAUGUGAAAACUUGCCGGGAAGAACAGAAGAAUCUACAUUUUUUCGCCCCAGAGUAUGGAGAAGUCACCAACGUGACGACGGCCGUGGACAUCUACUCCUUCGGGAUGUGCGCCCUGGAGAUGGCAGUGCUGGAGAUACAAGGCAACGGGGAGUCCUCUAACGUGCCCCAGGAGGCCAUCAGCAGUGCCAUCCUCUUGCUUGAAGACCCGCUCCAGAGGGAGUUCAUCCAAAAGUGCCUGCAGCCCGAGCCCACUCUCCGCCCCACCGCCCGAGAACUGUUGUUCCACCCGGCGUUGUUCGAGGUGCCUUCGCUCAAGUUGCUUGCCGCGCACUGUAUCGUGGGACACCAGCACCUGAUCCCCGAGAACGCCCUGGAGGAGAUCACCAAGAACUUGGACACCAAUGCCGUCCUGGCCGAGAUCUUUCCAGGAUCAAGCAGGGAGGUUGUCCGGAACCUGUCCCAGUCCCCAGCUUUGGAACUGGAUAAAUUCCUCGAGGAUGUGAGGAACGGGAUCUACCCUCUGACGGCCUUCGGGCUGCCUCGGCCCCAGCAGCCCCAGCAAGAAAAGGUGACGUCCCCCGUGGUGCCGCCCUCCGUGAAGACUCCGACACCCGAGCCCGCUGAGGUGGAGAACCGCAAGGUGGUGCUGAUGCAGUGCAACAUUGAGUCCGUGGAGGAGGGAGUCAGGCACCAUCUAACACUGUUACUCAAACUGGAGGACAAACUGAACCGGCACCUGAGCUGCGACCUGCUGCCCAAUGACAACGUGCCCGAGUUGGCCGCGGAGUUAGUGCAGCUGGGCUUCAUCAGUGAGGCCGACCAGAGCCGCCUGACUUCGCUGCUGGAGGAGACUUUCAACAAGUUCAACUUUUCCAGGAGCUCAGCCGCCGUCACGGUGUCCUCGUAGCGCCGCCCGGCCCUGGGGUCCCCUCCGCCCCCCGCCCCGUCUGUGCCACGGCUGUCCCCAACCGUGCCGCGGUUGCCCCCUCCCCGGUUGGUGGGAGUCAGUAUUAUCCAGUGCGGCCCCCCCGGCUUGGUUACUUAAGAGGGGAUGGGGUUGGAGUGCGGGCGGGUUCAGAUUCUGGGUCCCACUCCUCCCCCCUCAACCUCUCUUCUUACCCCCCCUGCACUUUGUUUACUUGUUUUGCACAGAACUGGGCUGGGGGGGUAAGGGGUGGGCGGCGCGGCCCGGACCCCCCUAGUUCAGCCGGCUUGUGCUUGAGGG